GAGUAGAAGAAAUCAAGAAAAUGCCAUGCAACCAGAAAGGAAUAUAGAUCAAAACAUUCAAAAAUUCAUAGCCUUCUACUACUAUAAAAAAUACUACAUUGUUUUAGCACUGAUAAUAAAAACAUCAAAAAUUGAUAAAUCGGUGAAACAGAUUACAAACCGUGAAUUAAAAGAGUUGUGGAUAAUAAUAAAUUUAACCGCAGAUAAGAAACCAAAAUUUGACGAAACAUUGAUUAAAUUGACAUUGCAUUUAAAAUAUUUACUUACCUCUGAUUGUUCAUGAUAACACUCGAAACGAGGAUAUAUUUAAUGGUAAUUCAAACAAAAAUGUUUGUAUAUCAAACAGUAUGAAUUAUGAAAUAUCAUUAUUUAUUCAGCGAGAGCUGUGCAAACCGAAAUAAAUAUUCCACUUGUAUACAAUGACAAACGUAAAUAUUGGUCAGGGCUGAUUUUUGUUGCUCUCAGUUCUGCAGUCAUAAGAUGACCUUGUCUUUGAUUUAUAAACGAUGAUCAUUGAAUAGAAUAAGAUAUUUAAUGAGUCUAAAACACAUUAUUUGACUAUAGUAUUUAAAAAUCAGUCCAAAUGAUUUUUUUCUCGAUCAUGAAAAUCGCUUGUUUAAUUUUUGUUUUCCAAAUAAACUACAACGUAAGUUUUCAACCCCAAAUUGUACAAUUGUUCAUGUAAAAAUAUCAACCAACUGAUUGAAAAAUUACAGUUUUGCCAUGAUGUGAUUCCAAUCUCAUCAAAAAAAUGGAUCCAACCAUACAAUAUGCAUUGGCAUGUUUGCACUAAUAGUCUAUACUUCGUCGACUAUUUAAGUCAAUCUAGUACUAUAAAUAGAUUUGGUUAUUACAGCAAUCAAAUUUAUUCAGCUGGCAUCGAAGGAUAACUUGCGCCAACCUUCAUGAUUCCCCUGAAGGAAUGCAAAAAUCAGUUUGCAAUCGGUAAUAAACGCACUGUAACUAUAAUUGAAUGGGGCGGUAAUAAUGAAGACGCACGGCCAGUCCGACAAAGUUUCGGUGUCGAAGAAUCAAUGAAGUAUACAAAUAAUGAUUGGAAUGUAGCAAAGGCGUCGCCAAAAUGCCAAUUUUAUGGCGGAACAUUUCGAAGUGAUUUUUGCGCUGAAACAGCAUCCGCAAAUGGGAACGUUUAUCGUUAUACAAAAUGUACAGGAACAAAAAAAUUAUUGAGGAAUAUACGAGCUUCGUCUGGAAUAGAAUGGAAUGAAGACAACAAUAAAUUUUAUCAUACCGAUUCGUGUUCUGGUGUUAUUAGAGAGUAUGACUGGGAUCCAAAAACUGGUGAUAUUUGUAAUGGCCGUGUGGUUUUUAAAUAUAAAAAAAGAAUCGGGGAAUUGUUAGUUGUUCCAAUUGGAUUGACAAUUGACGUCAAAGGUUAUUUGAAUGCAACUUUAUACGCUGGAAGCUGUGUAUUGAAAAUUAAUCCCAGAACUUCUAAAGUGAUGAAGAAAAUUACAAUACCCGCAGAAAUCGUGACUUCUGCUUCAUUUGGGGGCCCAAAUCUAGACAUUCAUUUUGUUACCACGGCUAGUAAAGCUUUUAAUUUAACUGAUGGCGGUUUAUCAAAUAAAACAUUCGGCCCAGAGAGUGGUUCUGUAUAUAUGAUAACGGGCCUCAAAACAAAAGGCUAUCCAGGGAGACAAUUUUGUGUUAGAUCGUGA